GUUAACUGGUUAAUGUUCUGGAAUGGCAUAAUUCUAAUUCCUCUAAACAUUUGAAAAGUAAACAGUGCACUAGACAUCUAGGACUUCUCCUAAAUUGCCGUGUUCCGCUAUUAAAAAUGUCUGGUCCGAGAUAUAAAUGUACGUUAUCUGAAGAAUUAUUGGAUAAAGCUGUUCGUGAGUUGAACGAGCCGCGAGACAAUGAAAAACGAUUGGAAGCCAUUGACAAAUUGAGAGACGCAUUCAAGGAGAAAUACAAGAAUUAUACAUUGAUAAGAGAAGAUGACGAGUUCAUUUUAAGGUUUUUACGAGCAAAAAAAUUUGAUCAUGACAAAGCGUUGAAAGUAUUGGGAAACUAUCAUUACUCGAGAAAAGAUUUGCCUGAAGUUUUCGAGAGAGUGGAGAAUCCAGCAUUAUUGAAAGACACUGUGGCUAUUGGAUAUGUUUACGUCCUACCACACAAAGACAAAGAUGGUGUGAGUGUGAUGAUAUAUCGUGAUGGACUUUUGACUGACGAUGUAGACGUUUACAGUUUGCUUGCUUUAUUUAUGCUCGGCCUUGAAAGAAUGUUGGAAGACGAAGCAUUUCAAAUUGACGGGCUCAGCAUCAUAGAAGAUAUGAAAGAUUUGAGUUUUAAAGUCAUUGUAAAAUUUACAAUGUCGGUAAUGAGAAAAAUGAUGUUUAUGAUUCAAGACGCGAUGCCAAUUAGAUACAAGUUGAUGCAUCUUGUUAACGAAGGAACAUUCUAUGAUGCUAUGUUUAAAAUGAUUAAACCAUUUUUAAAGAAGAAAAUGAAAGAACGUAUCGUACUCCAUGGAACCAAUUUCACAAAACUUCACGAACAAAUUGACCCCGAAUAUCUUCCCGGAUAUCUUGGUGGAACGGGGGGUGACCCAAUUGAAGCAGCCAUAAAAUGGGGGGAAGAACUUUGUGAGUGGAAAGAAAAUCCAUCUACAGCACUUUAAUACUGAAAGAUAGAUGAAUUAUUUACUUGUUUGUCUAUGCAUGGGAAAUUUAUAUGGAACCAUAAAUGGACAUAAUACAGUAAUAACAUUUCAUAUCUAGUAUUAUGAAGAUAUCUAAUUGAUCAUCAUACAGCAUUACAUUUUGAUGUAUUCAUUAUAUCUUAUUUCUUUCCUAUUAUAUAUCUAUUUUAGGUCCUUGUUGAGUGUCUUAUAAAGAAUUAAAAAAUAAUUUUAUUAUCUUGUUAUGAUCUCACCAUAUUUCAUGAAUUAUGAAAGUGAAAAUUUGUUUAGUUGAUUAGCGGAGAACUACGAUCAUCAUUUGUUUGAAAAUUUGAGUCAUAAAUUUACCUCAAUGAAAAAUACGGUUCACCUAAUUUUUACCAAGGUUAUAAUAGUUUUUUUUUCUAAAUUCAUGCAUUGUAAUUUUGUUAUACAGAAUAUACUAUACAGAAGUGGAAAUAUUCCUAAAUAAUUUUAAAAUUGUUCCAAUCUUGUACAUUUGUUAUAAAACUAUUUUCUCUGAAAAACCAACAUUACUGACAUUAUUAUGUUAUUAAGAGUCUUACUGCACACUGACAUAUUUCUGACAUUACUGCAUUUAAAUCUAUAUUUUUUUCUGUGCAAUGUAUACUAAAUUGAAAAUAUACACCAAAGUAAUUUAGAUGAAUUUAUGCAUAUAUUGUAUAUUAUGUUUAAUUGGGUCACUUCAUUUUUUUAG